ACGGUGAAGAAAGCUAAAAUUCACAUAGCUAACAGCAUAACUUUUGACAAUUAGUAAUAUAUUUAAAAUAUUAGGAUCUUUUGUAAACACUUUUAGAUAUUUAUGGAAUUAUGCUUUUUUUAUCUUACUCGAAGGUGAUACGCGUCUGCCAGUUGCAGAAAUCCAAAGUCUGAUAUAAAUCCACAUGGCAGAAUUCAAGUGUAUGUGAGUGUCUAGAAUCCACGUGUUGGUCGCUGCUAAAAUCCUCAAAUAAUCAAAGCAGCUCUACAAUUGUGAUUUGAAGGGAUGGAUGCGGUGUCGAUACGUGUGCCUUACAAAAACCUCAAGCAUGAUGUGGACGCGGAGGUUGAAAUGACUAGUUUGGGUGAAGACCGUAUUGAAUCUGGACAUUUGAUCAAUUCUUCACCACAAGGGGAGAAUUGUAGUUUGAUUACGUUGAUUUUGAGUUGUACAGUGGCUGCUGGUGUUCAAUUUGGUUGGGCCUUGCAACUCUCGCUUCUUACGCCUUAUAUCCAGACACUGGGAAUAGGGCAUGAAUUCUCUUCGUUUAUCUGGCUUUGUGGUCCUAUUACGGGUCUUGUGGCUCAACCUUGUGUUGGCAUAUGGAGUGAUAGAUGCUCUUCAAAAUAUGGGAGAAGACGACCAUUUAUUUUUGUUGGAACUCUCAUGAUAUCAAUCGCAGUGAUAUCUAUUGGGUUUUCUGCUGACAUUGGAUACUUGAUUGGAGAUACAAAGGAGCAUUGCAGCACAUUCAAAGGUACAAGGACAAGGGCUGCUUUUGUUUUCAUCAUAGGUUUCUGGAUGCUGGAUCUAGCUAAUAACACUGUUCAGGGCCCUGCUCGAGCUCUGUUGGCUGAUUUAGCAGGCCCUGAUCAGCGAAACUUAGCAAAUGCCAUAUUUUGUGCAUGGAUAGCAAUUGGAAACAUUUUAGGUUUUUUAUCUGGUUCAUAUGGAAACUGGCACAGAUGGUUUCCCUUCUUGAGAAGUAGAGCUUGUUGCGAGGCAUGCGGGAAUCUGAAGGCAGCAUUUUUAGUUGCAGUGAUUUUUCUAAGUUUGUGUACAUCGGUGACACUCUACUUUGCAAAAGAAGUUUCAUUAGCACCAAAGCAGCAUCACCGAUCAUCGUUAGGAUCUUCUCCACUUUUAGAUGAGGUUGGGGAGUUGAAAGGGAAAACAGGUCUUGAAAGGGAUACCCCAACUGAACAUGCUACUACUAAUGUAAUGGAUGCGGAAGACGGAGUUGAAACUUUCAAUGAAAGUCCUGGAUCAGUCUUGGUUAACUUGCUGACUAGCUUACGACAUCUACCAAACGGGAUGCACUCGGUGCUUAUUGUAAUGGCUCUUACAUGGUUUUCAUGGUUCCCCUUUUUCCUUUUUGAUACGGAUUGGAUGGGCAGGGAAGUUUAUCAUGGCAACCCAGAAGGGGAUGUUGCUGAAAUUCACUCUUAUGAUCAAGGUGUCAGAGAAGGUGCAUUUGGUUUGCUAUUGAAUUCAGUAGUUCUUGGUAUCAGUUCUUUUCUGAUUGAGCCAAUGUGUCAAUGGAUGGGUUCAAGAUUAGUGUGGGCAUUUGGCAACUUUAUGGUGUUUGCCUGCAUGGCUGGAACUGCCAUCAUUACCUUAAUUUCUGUCAAACAAUCUACUGAACAAAACAUGGUUGCUGGAGAAAAUGAGGCGAUCAAGAAUGCAUCAUUGGUUAUUUUUGCCAUUCUCGGUGUUCCCCUUGCGAUCACUUCCAGUGUUCCCUUCUCUAUCACUGCAGAAUUAACUGCUGAUAUAGGAGGUGGCCAAGGAUUGGCGAUCGGAGUGCUAAAUCUUGCAGUUGUGGUGCCUCAGAUUGUGGUCUCACUUGGCGCCGGUCCUUGGGAUGCCUUAUUCGGUGGAGGGAAUGCACCAGCAUUUGUUCUUGCUUCCUUGAGCGCCCUUGCUGCCGCUGUGUUUGCAGCUUUAAAGCUUCCAACUCUUGCUGGCACUUCUUACAAACCAAGAGGUUUCCAUCAUGGGUGACACUGGCUGCAUGCAUGGAUUCGAUUUUGUGAUUCCUCUACUUUCCGCCUUGCUUUGUGUUUGUACCUUAUCAAUAUAACCACUGUAUAGCGAAGUGCAGAUUUGGACAACCCGUUGAUGAACUUUUACCAAUCAUAAUCAUGUAAUCUAUAAUUUGCAGAUUGGUAACCAGAACCAUAAACAAAACAGAACAGAAAUUUAGAUCAUAAACCCAUACAUCCCACAUGCUCGGGUAUAUAUAGUAUUACAAAACUUGGGAAAGCAAGAAAACUGACUAGGUCAUGAUUGCAAUUACUAAAGGUUUAUAAUGUAAAAAAAAACCAAGCCUUGCAGUGGUUUAAAGUUC